CGGAGCCGUGAACCAAACCAACGUCUUUGGAGCGGCUGGGGGCGGAGCCCACGAAUGCGGGCUUAGAAGUCGGGAGCUCCGGCUUCCGCCGAGUUGGUUUUUCGGUUGCUGAGUCGCGGUGACUCGGUGGUCUGCGGUCGGGCUGAGCCGCGCGGUGCAAUGGCGACCUUUGUGAGCGAGCUGGAGGCGGCCAAGAAGAACUUGAGCGAGGCCUUGGGGGACAACGUGAAACAAUACUGGGCUAACUUAAAGUUAUGGUUCAAGCAGAAGAUCAGCAAAGAAGAGUUUGACCUGGAAGCUCAUAGACUGCUUACACAGGACAAUGUUCAUUCUCACAAUGAUUUCCUGCUGGCCAUUCUCACGCGCUGUCAGAUUUUAGUCUCUACACCAGAGGGUGCUGGGUCUUUGCCCUGGACAGGGGGUUCUGCAGCGAAACCUGGAAAACCCAAGGGCAAGAAAAAGCUUUCUUCUGUUCGUCAGAAAUUUGAUCAUAGAUUCCAGCCCCAGAACCCCCUCUCUGGAGCUCAGCAGUUCGUGGCCAAGGAUCCCCAGGAUGAUGACGACUUGAAGCUUUGUUCACACACGAUGAUGCUGCCCACUCGAGGCCAGCUGGAAGGCAGGAUGAUCGUGACUGCGUACGAGCACGGUCUGGACAAUGUCACCGAGGAGGCUGUUUCUGCUGUAGUCUAUGCUGUAGAGAAUCACCUCAAAGAUAUACUGACUUCAGUUGUGUCAAGAAGGAAAGCUUAUCGAAUACGGGAUGGCCAUUUCAAAUAUGCUUUUGGUAGUAAUGUGACCCCACAGCCAUACCUGAAGAACAGUGUGGUCGCAUACAACAACCUAAUAGAAAGCCCUUCAGCCUUUUCCGCUCCCUAUGCUGGCCAGAAUCCAACUUCCCACCCACCGUCUGAUGAUGCUGAACAGCAGGCUGCCCUCCUGCUGGCCUGCUCAGGGGAUACUCUACCUGCAUCUUUGCCUCCAGUGAACAUGUAUGAUCUUUUUGAAGCUCUGCAGGUGCACAGGGAAGUCAUUCCUACACAUACUGUGUAUGCUCUUAACAUCGAAAGAAUCAUCAUGAAACUCUGGCAUCCAAAUCAUGAAGAGCUUCAGCAGGAUAAAGUCCACCGACAGCGUUUGGCUGCCAAGGAGGGGCUUUUACUCUGCUAAAGUAGGAUUUGAGAAUGUGGGGGAUCAUCAUUACUGAUAAUGGAAUGCUUUUUUGGGUCCACAUUUCAAGGCUGAAGUGUAUAGUGUAUAUAUAACUUUUCCUAUGGAAAUGUUACAUUGAGUACAUUUUGUGUUGCUACUGUGAAGCCGUUAGUUAUAAAUUUGACUGAUAAUGAACUAUAUGUCUGUCUUUAUCUUCCCAACUGUGGAAACAGGCAUUGAUGAAUUCUGUGCCCGGGCUAGGGAUGUUUAGGCAGCUAAAGCUUAGUGUUUCUGGUUUGCAUGUAAGAUAGCUGACAGAAGAAAAAAGCUCUUACAACUUGGUCUCUGUGACUACCACAGCAUUUGUGUCUUCACUGAUUUAAUAUAUUCUCUAUGUGGCAAGUCCAAAAGUGCUGCCUCUUCUAAUCUGUAUUGUCACAUUUGGUUGGGAUAACCUGUACAGUGUUAAAAUCAGACACUUCCUUUAAUGACCAGUAAAUAGGUCAAUUUGUCCCUGAACAAUUUAUCAUUAUAACUCCAUAGAACGUGUGACUUGAUAAUCCUGUACCAUUAUACAAGAGUCAUUUCUUUGCAUUUACAACAAAAACCCAGAAUUCUUGGACUGUAAUUACUUUAUGCUUUUCCCUGUAGCUCAUGAUACAUUUUUUAGCAUUAAUAUGUGCGGAGACUCAGGUUCACUAUUUAAAUUCCUAUAGGAUGUUUUGAGAAAUCUUACAAAUUUGAUUUAUGCCUACUAGUUCUCCUGUUCCCAUGGAAUAUCUGUUUCAACCCUUCCAGAUGAUGACAUGAAAAUGAUUUACUUUUGGCAGUAUUACUCAUGACCAACUAUUUUUCAAGAUAGGUAGCUUUCUAUUUGAGAAAAACAGAUGUUGAUAUAGAUGGGUCUAUGUAGGUUGAAGUAGUGAAUAGAUUUAUAAGUGUACAUGUGGUUUAUGUUAUUUGGAUCUGUGUAUUUGACUUUGUAUUUUGAAUGUGAUAAAUAAAACGUUUUAGG